UGCCGGUAAGACUAAAGUCGCUUUAGCUUUAUUUUCGUGUGCAAAGUGCUCUGGACAUCUUGAAUUCAAGGCGUACUGCCGUCACUCACCUUGAUGAGACAUCAGUAAACUCCAAGCUCCGAACCAACCCGUUUCACAGGCAGAAUACAUUUUAAAUUAAAUUCCGUGUCGGUAUCGACCAUUUAAAUCGUGCUAGUGCCCAAAGAAGGACUAUCUUUGAUGCUCGGAAAAGUGUGUGAUAUUGGAACCAACUGAUCACCGCGAUACGCCAAACCAAAGAGUCAGCGACAUCGACAGUUCGCCUUAGGAUAUAUUCAGCUUAAGAAGGCCACCAUCAACUCGAGGCCGACUUUGUCUACCAAUGGAUCCGGCCCUCGGAAUAGCCGACCCCUGCCCCAACAACGUCCAGGGAUCUCCGGCGCACCUAUUUUUGACUCUGAUCAAUGCAUUGAUGGCCGCCAAGUGUCCCUUAGGAUCUCCCGACAGUUACCCGGAAGACUACGGCCCUAAGCUGAGCGAGAACGAAAAAUUCGACUUUAUAAUAGUCGGCGGCGGAACGGCAGGUUCAGUUCUGGCCAACAGACUGACAGAAAAUGGGAAGUGGAAGGUUCUGGUGCUCGAAGCUGGAGGAUAUCCAUCUGCCACCAGCGACGUGCCGGCGAUGCUUUUCAGCCUCCAGGGCAGCCACGAAGACUACCAAUACCAAACCGAGCCCUCGGACACCUCCUGUUUAGGCUUCAAGGACAGGAGAUGCAACUGGCCAAGGGGAAAACUGCUGGGGGGCUGCAGCAGUAUCAAUGCCAUGAUCUAUCUGAGAGGACACAAGAAGGACUACGACCGAUGGAUGGAAAUGGGGAACCCAGGGUGGGACUGGGAUAGCGUGCUGCCGCAUUUCAAGGCCUUGGAGAAUUUGCAGGUGCCUCAUUUAGUUAACAGCACGCAGUACGGCCGGGAUGGUUUCCAGACGCUCUCUUGGUACGACUCAGGACAACCUAUGAAGGAAUCGGUGAAAGAGGGAGCUAAGGAAUUAGGCUACCCCACGAUGCAAGAAGAAGACUCCCUAAAGCUUCUCGGCUACCUGGAGACGCUGUCCAUCACCGAGCAAGGGACUAGGAUGAACUCAGCUAAGGCUUUUCUAGGAAAAGUAAAGGACAGGAAAAAUUUGCACGUCGCCGUGAACUCCUUCGUGACAAGGGUACUUAUCGACGAAGACACUAAGACAGCCAGAGGUGUUCAGGUCAAAGUGGGGGAUAAAACAUUGAAAGUUUACGCUGAAAGGGAGGUUAUCUUAUCGGGAGGUGUCAUAAACUCCCCCCAGCUGCUGAUGCUGUCCGGAAUAGGUCCAAAAGCUCACCUGGACAGUCUGGGAAUACCCGUGAUCAAAGAUUUGCCGGUAGGGGAGAACUUACAAGACCACACCAUGUUCAUAGGCAAUUAUUUCACUUUGGACAAAAGCGCCGUCGCCGCGCAAAGACCCGUCAUUGACGACGUGUACAAUUAUUUCAUGCACAGAACCGGGGACAUUUCUGAGAUCUUCGUAACCAACCUGCUGGGCUUUAUCAACACCAGAGGCGAUGCGGAUCGUCCGAACGUUCAGUUUUUGCACGUGGGUUUUAAGCCGAACGACCGUUAUCUUAUCGGGGAGAUGCUAAGAUCUUUUAACGUAGAAGAAGUCACCGCUAAGAGUUUUUUGGAAGUCGGUUUCGAGACGCCGAGGAUGAGCAUUUAUCCCAUAGUGCUCAAACCCAAGUCUAGGGGAAAGGUAUUGUUGAAGAGUGUGGAUCCCAUGGAGAAACCGCUUAUUUACUCGGGGUAUUUCACGGAUGAAGACGAUGAGGAUCUGGAACUGACCCUUGAGGGAAUAAGGUACAUAGAAAGGCUGCUAGACACCGAAGCUCUGUCGAAGUACAAUCCAAAAAUGAUAAACGUGCGGGUAUCCGGAUGUGAAGAUCUCGAAUUCAGAUCUGACGCCUACUGGAGGUGCAUGAUCAAACAUCUGACGUCCACGAUGUACCACCACGUCGGCACAUGCAAGAUGGGUCCCGAGGGGGACGCCACCGCCGUCGUCGACCCCAGACUCAAGGUACAUGGGGUGAAGAAUCUGCGGGUGGUUGACGCCAGCGUCAUGCCCGAAAUUGUCAGCGUGAAUACCAACGCGCCCUCGCUGAUGAUCGGACACAAAGCGGGAGAGAUGGUCAUCGAGGACUGGUGGUUGAGACACGACGAAUUUUAGGAGUGUAAACAGUGCGUUUCCAGCCGUAACCAGUGGCGGUUUCUACAUACCUAUAUACGUAUAUUCAAUGUAUUUAUUACCAGAAAUUAGAAAAAAUUAAUAUUAUCAAAAAUAUAUUUGUUGCUUUUAUUGUAAAA